GUACAGGCCUCUCAUGGCCAGACAGCUGCUUCAGUGAGCCAUCAUUAUGUCAUCAGAGAACUCUCCUUCCUUCCAGAAAGAUCUUUACAUGUUCGAGAGUGAUAUGGGCCUUUCUCAUCCACAUGAUUCCGGGCCCAGUGGUCAACCCCUUUCUCUCUUGCUCCUUCCUGCAGGGAUUGCCCCACCAAUGGCAGAGGUAGGCAAGGGAUUAGCUCCUCAGAUUAAAGUGGCCAUCUCCAAACCCUGCCUAAUCCUGCCAUCUGUCAGAGAGCAGCAAACUAGCCAAGACUCUCUCCACUAAGCUAAUUAGAAAGCCAGGAGAACACGCAUCUCGAGAGAAAAAAGAAAUCUCGAAAACACGCAUUUUUCUGCCUGGUAUUACUCAAGGCAGAGUGACAAUGGAGGAGACAUACCUUCUCAACCAUCCGGGAGUCAAGAAAAUCCUGGCUGGAGGCACUGGACCACUGCCGCACUUUCCACCUGGGACAAAGCUGGUUUUCCAUUUCCAGACUCUGCUGGAUGACUUUGAACGGACUGUCAUCGAUGACAGUCGGCUGGCAGGCAGACCGGCUGAGAUCUUUGUCGGAAAGAUGUUCAAGAUGGAAGUCUGGGAGACCUUGUUGACAUCCAUGAGGAUCGGAGAGGUGGCUGAGUUCUGGUGCGAUGCCGUUCACACAGGCUUGUACCCCAUUGUGUCCAAGGGAAUGAGGCUGAUUGCUCAGGGGAAAGACCCCCUGGAGGGUCAGAGACACAUGUGCGGCAUGGGAAACCUGUUUCACUAUCACUCCACCGGUUUCCCCGAGCUAGAUGAGCUCAUGCGAACUCCUCAGUCACUCAUAUUUAUCAUGGAGCUGCUGCAGGUAGGAGACCCUUUAUCCUACCACAGGGAGUCGUGGAUGAUGGAAAAGGACGAGAAGUUGCAGACGGUGCCCAGCCUCCACAUGGAGGGCAACACUCUGGUCAAGCAGAGACAAUUCAGAGAGGCCGCCAGCAAGUACAAAGAAGCCGUCCUGCUGCUGAAAACGGUCCAGUCCAGAGAGAUGCCGGGUGAUGUAGACUACAUUAAUUUGGGUCGAAUGAUUGUCCCUCUGGAGCUGAACUACUGCCAGUGUAUGCUGGAGCUGGAGGAGUACUAUGAAGUGAUAGAGAAAACCACUGAGCUGCUGGAAAAACACAAAGACUGUGUGAAGGGCUACUACAAGAGAGCCAAGGCCCACGCUGCUGUGUGGAAUGAAAAGGAGGCCCGGAAAGACUUCAACAUGGUGGCCCACCUGGACGCCACUCUGUCCUCGCUCGUCUGUCGAGAGCUGAAGGCUCUGUCGGAGCGCAUGAAGGAAAAGUACUGGGAAGAGAAGGAGAAAUACUGGAACAUGCUGGAGAAUAAAAGUGAAGAGGAGAAGAAGGAGGGAGAUAAUGAGGAAGAGAAGGAAGAGAUAGAAAAAGGAGAAGACGACCGUGAAAGUGUGAGCACAAAGACUAAAGAUGAAGAAAUUGCUUCAGAGGAGUCUCCAGUCAGAUGUGCUGAAGUUCAGAAAGAGGAACAUGGUGAGAACAAGGUCACACCAACUGAAGGAAAAUGUGUCAAAGAAGAAGCAGGCACUUUAAUCAAUCUGAACACCUCUAAUAAUAAAACAGAGGAGAAGGACUGGCAGCAGAUGUUACGGCUGGUCAUGUUGCUGCAGGAUGAAGGAAACUUCCUCAUUAAUGAAAAACACUUUGAAGAAGCCUGUGUAAAGUUCAAGGAGGCGAUAGAAUAUGUGGAUCUACUUCAGUACAAGCAGGUGGAUAAGCGCGGCGACGACUGGGAGUCACUGGAGAAAGUGCGUCUUCCACUGACUCUCAACCUCAGCCAGUGCAUGCUGGAGCUGAAAGAAUACCAGCAAGUGGUGGAGAUCAACGACAAGCUGCUGAAGAAGCACAAAGGUAACUUCAAGGCAGUGUACCAGAGGGCACGAGCCCAUGCUGCAUUAUGCAACGAGGCUGAAGCUCAAAGGGACUUUGAUAUGGUGGAGAAACUGGACCCAAAGUUCAAACCCUUUGUUCGGCAGGAACUGAAAAAGCUGGGGGAGAGGAUCCGCAUCUCGCACGCCGGCCAGAACAAGACUUACUGGGAUACAACGCAGGAGAAGUGGGGACCUGGUGGAAGCAAGGCCAAGAGUUCAACAAGAAAGAAGAAAUUUGCACAGAAAACCACAGUUGAAGCAAAAAAGAUGACUGAAGAGAGUAAGAUUCAAGAGAAGGAAAGCUCAGAGCAACGCCCCUCUGCAGAGACAGAGGGAGUGGAUGAAGCACAGAAUAGUCCAGAUGUGAAAGCAGAGCAGAGUAAUAAAGAGGCAGAGUGUGGGAGCGUGACUGGACAGGGCUUUGACAGUGAAAAUAUAGAGAGGGCUGAGGUUCAUGAAGCCAGUGUGGGUGCACCGGCUAAUCGAGCAACAGAUAAAGAUAGCGAUCCUGCGCCCGUCAGUUCAGACAAAGAUAAUGUAGCAAGCAAGAGAUCAGGGUGUGAUAAGGGCAAAAAGAAGGUCAAAUGCCAAUCGGGUGCUGCACCGAAACCAAGCAGAACAAGCUCAGGGAGCAAAAACACAAGAGGUAAGGCAGGAAAUGGUCCAUCAGAGUAGACCACCAGGUUGAAAUUAUUUGAUAGAAGUCAGAGAGGAAGAAGAGUAAUAUAGACAGAGGGAAAAACAUGACAACAGUCCAACUUGAAAACAGGAAAUAUUGAUUCUGCCAAUAUACAAAUCCAAAUAUAAACACAAAAAAGGAAAAAAAUAAUAUUAACAGCCUGUAUUUGGCACCAUUCUGAGUUAAGUUUCAUUGUUCAAUUCUCAGAGGGAUAACGGUAGUCACAUGAAAAGCACAGGCAGACAAGGAGUUUGCCAAAUACAAAGUUUUUAUUUCUGUACACAAAGAGUAGAAAGCAGCCAGUAACCCACUUGUUAUUACAGUAAAAAGCCUUUCUUCACAAAACUUUUUAUACAGAUUAAAAACUCCAGAGAAAAGACAGAAAGAAGUGUUUGAGUUCUGGACGAUAACAGAAAAUAAAACCGUUAAACCAUAUAAAUUUGAAUGAUUAAUGAGGUAUUAAUGGUGAUUAAAAAAAAAAAGAA